UACCCCAGUUGUAAACGUUUCUUUUUAUAUUUUCCUUAAAAAAACUAAACAAAACAAACAAAAAAAAACAUACUGCUUGCUUGACACUUCCCGUUUAAUCAAACCAAUUCAUCAUGUUUGCGAAUAGAUACUACCUAAUUGUUUGCUCUAUUUAAAAGAAUCAGAAAUAACCUGUUAAAUCAUCGUUUAUCCUCCGUACAAUGCUCUGGAUAUCAGUAAAAUAAUUUGGUUUAUUUUAACUACAUUAGCAGUGAAUAUCUCUCACCAGCCAGCAGCAACGAAUGAAAAGCUUUUGUUUUUGUUGAGCUCCGUCUUGCCCAGCACAACACACCCCAGCACAAGUUUACAGCAAUUAUACAAAUGCAGCACAUGGAUUUAUCAUAUUUUCAGAAAAUAAACCCUAAAACUGGAUUUUAGGAAUGUUCUAACUGGAAUAAUGCUCAAGUUUGAACUACAACUGCUGUGUGAAAUCUCUGUUAUCCAAACUUAUUGGGAACAAUGUUACAAAUCAAUUAGCAUGUUCAAUCACAUUUUUACAUUUAAAUUCGUUUUUUCAUGAUUUUUUUUUCUCAAUGACAUGAGAGCAGGAGAUCACCAGAAUGCUGAGGCUGUGUGGUCCAGUGGUUAAAGAAAAGGGUUUGUAACCAGGAGGUCCCCGAUUCAGAUCUCACCUCAGCCACUGACUCAUUGUGUGACCCUGAGCAAGUCACUUAACCUCCUUGAGCUCCGUCUUUCGGGUGAGAUGUAAUUGUAAAUGACUCUGCAGUUGAUGCGUAGUUCACACACCCUAGUCUCUGUAAGUCGCCUUGGAUAAAGGUGUCUGCUAAAUAAAUAAAAUAAGUCAGGAUAGUUUACUGUAUUGGGGCAAUCCCAGUGUUAUGGAUUUGGCAUUUACACACAACAUGUAACUGUAUAACCAUAGACUAUCCCUUAAUGAAUUUAAUUAACACGGUUGAGUAAAAUUAAAACAUUGCUUUUUAAAGCCCGUCCUGGACAGUGUUUUUGGAGCUACCCAAUGAUGAUCCUGUUAAGCAUGGAUGGGAGAGGAAAGGACAAACAUUACGGUAUAUUCCCAAAAGUCUAUGAUUUGUGGGACCUCCACCCAGAAUAAUGUAAUUUUCUAAGAAGCACUUGGCUGCUCCCCACAAUCAUAUUAUAAUGUAUCGCAUCAUUAUUAUUUUUAUUUUAAUGGCACAGCCUAAAGUCCAGUAUUAUGGAUGCGAUGGUGUCUGAACUGCAAAAGAUUCAAAAAUCUUUAAAUGGGCCAGGGUAACAUAGUUUGUCAUCUGAAACCUAAACAAAUUGAAUUCAGGACAGAAUUAUGAAAGUCAAUUUAAGGUUCAACCUGUAUUUACAUGUCUUAAAAAAAAUCCUAUCCACUGCAGUGAGCAUGUAGCAUCUUUAGAAAGCAUUGUGAAUUAGGUCAAAGCAUCAUAUUUUAGUUUUAAAGCAUUAUGUAAUAGCUAUGCCUAGGUCUUCAGAAAUGUUUUCACAGAUCUUUCCUAGCACAACAGCAUUCUGAAGUGUCACAUGCUUACAAGACUAGUAAGAACCUGAAACAAGAAUGUGUACUAAAGAAUGUGCAUGGCAAGUUUCAUCACUACUGAUGAACGAUACUGAAGUUAGAGAGGGACAAUUAGCCUUCUGACUUAUUUAUAUGAGUUUUAUAACACACAGUACUACCCAUUUCUAUUGCACAUUGGAGUUUUAAAACUUUGAUGUCAAAUUUGUGUGUGUGUGUGAGUGUGGGCGAUGUGAAACCUCAGAUCUCAAAUUAAGAAUGAGACUGUUCCUUUAAAAAUAACUUGCCUCUUGAGGCGGAGACUAAAGACCCAGUUUAAAAAGAGGUUUGUUUUUUUCACACUGAAUACCAAGCUGUAGCUGCUUCUCUUUUAUUCAGUUUGAGGCCCAGCGGGUUGAGCUGUGCUGCUUCUGUUUUCUUGUUGGUUUGUUUUUUUUCCGAUGUUCACACAUUGCAGAGCACAGGCCAGGACAACAUGAAUGACCAGAACAACACUGAGGAGAUGCAGAGGAUAUUUCAGGAGGCCCCUGCAGCCAGACAGUGUCUCCUGGACAACUACAGCAACCUGCACAAGGUAGCCGAGUACUGUGAGAGCAACUACUUGCAGGGGGAAGACCAGGCAAAGGCCCUGGAGGAGACGAAAGCCUUCACUGCCCAAUCCCUGGCCAGCGUGGCGUACCAGAUCAGCACCCUCGCCACCAGCGUGCUCAAACUGCUGGACGUACAGACUGACGAGCUGAGCAGGAUGGAGUCUUCUGUGAACCUCGUCACGCAGAUAGUGGAUAUGCACCGGGAAAAGGUGGCCCGGCGGGAAAUUGGUGCCUUCACCACCGCCAAGAAAGUCCCUCGGAACCAGAAAAUCAUUCCGCCCACUAGCCAGGAGCCAAGAGGCAGGUACAUCCGGAAUCCCAUUACCUACUCGUCGCUGGACACCAUCGGGCAUGGCGUGAAGGGCACGGGUAAGCAGCUGGGCAGAACUGGCACCAUGAACAAGAAGCAAUCAAUUAACAACAGAGAGGCCCAGGGAACACUGGGGAGGAGUUCUCGAGCCCCUGAACCUGUUCUGUGUCCUGUCGUCCCAUCACUGUCCCGCGGACCGUCCAUGUCCUCCCUCAAUGACCGUUCCACUGGUUCCAGUUUUGGGAUCGCUGUGCCCCCGCCUUCAGUGCCUGCCUUCAUUGUACCAGACAUCCCGCCACCUGUCCUGGAGGAGUGCCCGCUGCCCCCUCCCCUGGAUAUGCCCCUUCCUCCCCCAGCCCCACCCCUGAAUAUCCCCCCACCACCUCCGCUAGCCCCCACUAUCCCAUCAGUCCUUGCUCCAGCUCCAGCACCUCCUCCUCCGGCACCGCCACUCUUAACAGGAGAGCAUAGUUUCCCUCCACCUAUGAUGUCAGACCUUCUCCCACCUCCAAUGGCUGACGGCCUACCAGCACCACCCCCUCUCCCGUCCAAUGGGCUCAGUUCAGCCUCCUCUCCUCAAUGCUUUCAGCUCCACUCUAAAAGGCUGAGAGGGCAUCGCUACUCUACCAUCUCCCGCCAAGCCCGUUUGGGGCGCCUGGGUCUCUCCCUGCGCUCACUGCACCUCCAGGGGCACACCCUUUCCCUCAUCUCCCCGCACGCAUUGAUCAUUCCACCCCCACCUCCCUACCCUCCCCCUCUAGCCCCGCUCCCCCCACAGAUAAACCUCACUGGGUUCGCCACCCACUUUCAACAAAUUGAGGUAGAUUUCCAAGCCCCUCCCCCACCCCCGGAGAUGUACUCCGAGUUUGAUGACUGCAGUCCGCCCCCCCCUCCCCCAGUGGACUAUGAUGUUGGCGCUCCUCCCAAUUACAUGGAAAAGGUGGUUGCGCUGUAUGCCUACAACACAGACAAGGCUGACGAGCUCUCGUUUGAAGCGGGUGAAGUUAUUUAUGUCAUCAGGAAGAACGCCGAUGGGUGGUACGAAGGAGUCCUGAACGGCGUGGAAGGAUUCUUUCCUGAAAACUAUGUGGUGCAGGCCAGUUAACAGCGCAGCUUGGAGACCCACAGCCGGGCAAGGGAACUGACCUGCUAGAGAAUGGAAACAAACUGAGCAGUCAACAAAUCCUGCUGCUCGAUUAAGCGCAUAAGUCUAGACUGUGAAAGAAUGUAGUCAUUAGACACCAACCGCUGGUUUCACAGACCAGGAUUAUUCUUGGGUUACUUUACCUAAGAUAACACAGGGUACUCCAUGAUUAAGCAGGGUUUGUGAAACUAGCCGUAAGAAUUCAUAUCACUGUGUAAAGGCAUUGCUUAAAAAACUUUUCUUAAAAAAGAAAAAAACUUUGCAGAAGUACAGACUGGACUUUUUCAGUAUAUUUUAUUUGUUAUUAUGAAUUUAUGCUAUGAAUCAUGUUUUUUUUUUUAAAAAAGGUCAUUAAGUUAUGUAGGGAAGGAGUACAAUCAGAGAAGAAAGGAGCCUUGCAAACUGUUAUUAAUGUUUGUGUUAAUUACUAAAUGACAAUGAGUAAUAAGGAAUGGUGUUCAAUGUGUAGCAAAUUAUGUCCAGUUACUAUUUGCUUUUGAGCCGAUAACAUUAUUUUAUUUCCUAUCUUGUUACAUUCUGCCAAGGGGUAACUAUUUAUUAGUUGCUUAUUAACUAUUCAACAUGUAAUGCAUUUCCUCUGUGCAGUAUUAUUUUUAUUAUCACAUGAUUUACUUUGUGACUAACAUAUAAGUCAAAGGAUAGUCAAGGAACUUUGAGACCGUUUGACUGGAUUCAUUCUUUCAUUUUGAUGUAAAAUGUUUAAACUUUUAUUGUUGAGAAGCAGAGCCGAUAACCCAUGCUUAUAAAGAAUCCAUAAUUGUUAUUAAUACCAUUUAAUAUGUUAUAUGUAUUUUAAAUUGUUUGCACUUUUGAAUGGGACGUUAGCAUUAAUGGAUUAAUACAUAGCACUUAGCACCCCCUGGUGGCUGUAUAUUAAAGACAUUCAGAGUUUAUUUAAAGGGAAUGUGAGAUCAAAAUGUUCUGCUUUUUAAAUAUAUAUCAUUCAUUUUGUAACCCAUUACAUGCAACAGGCAACUACAGAAAAAAAAGUAAUUGGCUCAUACAUUACAAAUAAUAAAAAUUCUACUGUAGUGCAUUUGUUUUUGA